AUGCGUUACGCCAAGUGUCUCGUCGGCUCCGCGAAUCUUACCGCCCUGAUGUAUCAUUACGUAUUCGGAAGCGCGGCCGAGGACGAUUCCAAUUAUAACUUCAGUCACAUGUACAAAUGGAAGAAUCUGCAGGAAGGCUUUCAAGAGGCCAAGGUCUGCAGGAAACCGAUAUUCCUCUUGAUCCACAAACCGGGCUGCCCCACCUGCGAGAAACUCAAGCCUAAAUUCACCAACUCCAUCAGGCUCCUCGAUCUCAGCAAGCACUUCGUCAUGGUGGAUGCGAGGAAAGGCGAGAUUCCCGCACAAGACGAAAUGAGAUUUCAACCAGAUGGAACGUACGUUCCGAGAAUUCUCUUCUUUACUCCGGAUGGCGAAUUUAUGGAGAAUGUUUAUAAUCGUCAUCCGAAAGCCGACGAUAAAUACAAGUAUUUCUACAACAGUACGAGUCAAAUAAUAGAUAGUAUGAUUUUGGCGUUGGAACUUUGCUCCCGGGAAUCGCUGCUCGAUGACAAAGCUAAAAAGAAGUAA